AUGCCUGGAAGGUAUCGACAACGCUCGACCGGUGGCGACGACAGCGUCAAGACCCCAUUACAACCGAAAUCCGUGAACGCUCAGAACUCGAUUGACCGACUAGUCAGGCCAUUCAAAUGUCCUGGGACUGCGACGCCCACUAGAGCAUCCGAAAAACCAUCGAGAAAGCGACGAAAGGUCAACUACGCCAACGCGGAUGGAAGCGUGGAAGAUGGAGAGGAGAAGCCAUACACGAAUGAUGACCGGCUCGCUUUGGAAACAAGAGAGGCCAACAAAUUCCCCGCGUACAAACCAAAGGACAAAGAUGUGGCGUUCAGGGCACGAUUUCAGGUUCCGUUUAUAAACAAAGCCGCCGGCGAGUACAGUUCCGGUCGGGUGGCUCCGACGUUGGGGAUGCGACGAGGCGCAACAUUUGUGGUGAAGCCACUACAUGACCCCAGUGGGGAAUUUGCGAUUGUUUUAUACGACCCUACAGUAGACGACGUCGCCGAGGAACCUGCGCCCAAAAGCCUGGAGGCACCGACGGAGGAUACGCCAAAAUUGGAUGAGCCAAUUAUGCAUAAGAGUCUAGCAGACAUUCUGGGGCUCAAAAAGGACGUGGAAGACAGGCCAAAGGUGCCUGUCGUGAUUGAUCCGAGACUGUGCAAAGUGCUUCGACCACAUCAAGUCGAGGGUGUGAAGUUCUUGUAUCGAUGUGUUACUGGGUUGGUUGACAAAAAUGCAAAUGGAUGCAUCAUGGCGGACGGCAUGGGACUUGGUAAAACGCUUCAAUGCAUCGCAUUGAUGUGGACGCUGCUCAAGCAGUCUUCAGAGGCUGGAAAGACUACCAUUCAGAAAUGCGUGAUUGCAUGUCCGUCAAGUUUGGUUGGUAAUUGGGCCAACGAACUGGUAAAAUGGCUUGGAAAGGACGCCACCACACCUUUUGCGAUCGAUGGAAAGGCCACGAAAGCAGAGUUAAUAACCCAGAUCAAGCAGUGGGCAAUUGCAUCAGGGCGUGGAAUCGUCAGGCCCGUCCUUAUUGUGUCCUACGAGACACUCCGUAUGUAUGCGGAUACUUUGAAUGAUACCCCGAUUGGACUCCUUCUAUGUGACGAAGGCCAUCGACUUAAAAACAAGGAAAGCUUGACAUGGACUGCUUUGAAUCAACUCAAUGUUACUCGCCGAGUGAUUCUUUCUGGAACACCUAUCCAGAAUGAUUUGUCUGAAUACUUUGCUCUUCUUCACUUCGCGAACCCGAAUCUGCUCGGCUCCCAAGCCGAUUUCCGGAAGAGGUUCGAACUACCGAUUCUGCGGGGUCGGGAUGCCGCAGGCACAGACGAAGAAAAGAAGCUAGGAGAUGAACGAUUACAGGAGCUCUCUGGAGUUGUCAACAAGUUUAUUAUCCGCCGAACCAAUGAGCUCCUCUCAAAAUACUUGCCCGUCAAGUAUGAGCAUGUGGUGUUCUGCAACAUGUCACAGUUCCAGCGCGGCCUAUACAAUCAUUUCAUCAAGAGUCCAGAGAUCCAAAGUCUUCUUCGCGGAAAGGGCAGUCAGCCGCUGAAAGCAAUUGGCCUUUUGAAAAAGCUUUGUAAUCAUCCAGAUCUACUUGAUCUAGCGAACGACCUUCCAGGAUGCGAGCACACCUUCCCCGAGGACUAUUCACCCCCGGAUACUCGAGGUCGCGAUAGAGAAAUCAAGAGUUGGUACUCUGGCAAGAUGAUGGUGCUCGACCGCAUGCUAGCCCGAAUCAGACAAGACACCAACGACAAAAUCGUCCUCAUCAGCAAUUACACUCAGACUCUAGAUCUCUUUGAAAAGCUAUGUCGGUCGCGCGGCUACGGCUCCCUGCGUCUCGACGGUACCAUGAACAUCAAGAAGCGCACAAAGCUAGUCGACAAAUUCAACGAUCCAGACGGCCAGGAAUUUGUAUUCCUUCUGAGCAGUAAAGCCGGUGGCUGUGGACUGAACCUAAUCGGCGCAAACCGGCUGGUAUUAUUCGAUCCAGACUGGAACCCAGCCGCUGACCAGCAAGCGCUAGCACGAGUGUGGCGAGACGGACAAAAGAAAGAUUGUUUCGUCUACCGGUUCAUUGCAACAGGCUCAAUCGAAGAGAAAAUCUUCCAGCGCCAGUCCCACAAACAGUCCCUUUCGUCAUGUGUCGUGGACUCCGCGGAAGACGUCGAGCGUCAUUUCUCUCUCGACUCCCUGCGAGAACUCUUCCAGUUCAAACCAGAUACCCGGAGUGACACUCAUGACACCUUCAAGUGCAAACGGUGUCGGCCUGACGGCUUGCAGUAUAUCAAAGCACCCGCUAUGUUGUAUGGUGAUACUAGUUCUUGGAACCAUUUUGUGAAUACCGGCGAGAAGGGCCCGCUCAAUCAAAUCCAGGAUCUGCUUCUUCGGCAAGAGACUGGGGAACAGGAUGUUUCAGCUAUCUUCCAGUACAUCAGUCACUGA